UUUGCGGUAGGCAAAGAAGUUGUGUGAUUUUGUAAUAGGGCUUUUUUCAGUUAAUUCUCGUAUUAAAUAAUACAAAAAAGGUAUGGAAUAAAUAAUGGCUGCUCAAUUCUUCAAUCGCAUUGGCCAACUCGGUUUGGGUGUUGCUUUGGUCGGCGGUGUUGUCAACUCGGCAUUAUAUAAUGUUGAUGGUGGUCAUCGUGCCGUAAUUUUCGAUCGUUUUACCGGUGUCAAGAAUGAAGUUACCGGUGAGGGUACCCAUUUCUUCAUCCCCUGGGUGCAACGUCCCAUUAUCUAUGAUAUCCGCUCACAGCCCCGUAAUGUCCCCGUGGUGACUGGCAGUAAGGAUUUACAAAAUGUCAAUAUUACCCUGCGUAUCUUGUAUCGUCCCAUUCCCGAUCAAUUGCCAAGAAUUUAUACCAUUUUGGGUCAAGAUUACGAUGAGAGGGUUUUGCCUUCCAUUGCUCCUGAAGUCUUGAAGGCUGUGGUGGCUCAAUUUGAUGCCGGUGAAUUGAUUACACAGCGUGAGAUCGUUUCCCAGCGUGUCUCCGAUGAAUUGACCGAACGUGCCAAACAAUUCGGUUUCAUUUUGGACGACAUCUCCAUUACCCACUUGACCUUCGGCCGUGAAUUCACCCAAGCCGUAGAAAUGAAACAGGUUGCCCAGCAAGAAGCCGAAAAGGCCCGCUUCGUUGUCGAAAAGGCCGAACAACAAAAAUUGGCUGCCAUUAUUUCCGCUGAGGGUGAUGCCGCCGCCGCCGAACUCUUGGCCAAAUCCUUUGCCGAGGCCGGUGAUGGUUUGGUUGAGUUGCGUCGUAUUGAAGCUGCCGAAGAUAUUGCCUAUCAACUAUCCAGAUCCCGUGGUGUGGCCUACUUGCCCGGCAAUCAAAGCACAUUGCUUAACCUGCCCAGCAACACCUUGGCCCAAUAAACAGCAGUUACUACUUUAGAUGGAUAUUAAGUUUUAGCAUUUAAAUAUC